AUGUCGGCGCUCACCGAGAUCACCUCCGAGGCUGACUUCUCGUCGCACUUGGCCACGCUCUCGCCCUCCGCGCUGGUCGUUCUCUAUUUCUACACUCCAUGGGCUGCGCCCUGCACACAAAUGAGCGCCGUCCUGUCCGCCCUCGCCUCGCAGUACCCCGCCACCACCCCACCGACCGUCUCGUUUGUCAGCAUCAACGCUGAAGAGCUACCUGACAUCUCAGAGGAAUACGAUGUCUCUGCGGUGCCCUUCGUCGUCUGCUUGCGCAGCGGCCAGGUUCUAGAGUCGAUCAGCGGUUCAGACCCCAUCAAGGUUCGCAAUGCUCUCGACCGCCACGUCGGCGCCGCCUCCGCAGACGGCGUCAACCGAUCCGCCAUUCCCCCGCCCCUUUCCGCUGUGUCCCGUGAGGAUGGCCCCCUGAUGGCUACUCAGUCGCCUGUUACCUCUGACUCCCCCGCUGGACCCGCUGCCAAUGCCACCGCUGUCCCCGCUGCCCCGGCUCUUACCCCCGAACAGUCGAAGGAGGCUCUCGUUGCUCGUCUCACCGAGUUGGUUAAGGCCGCUCCUGUCAUGUUGUUCAUGAAGGGUACACCAAGCUCACCCCAGUGCGGGUUCAGUAGGCAGUUGGUUGGAAUUCUGCGUGAGCGCAGCAUCAAGUACGGUUUCUUCAACAUCUUGGCCGAUGAGGAUGUUCGACAGGGUCUCAAGGAGUUUGCCGACUGGCCUACAUUCCCCCAGUUGUGGGUUGACGGUGAGCUGGUUGGUGGGUUGGAUAUUGUCCGCGAGGAAAUUAACGCAGAUCCCGAUUUCAUGGCCCAGUAUUCGGUUAGCAAGCCCGUCGCCUAG